GACCCUGAGACUGUUAUACAGUAGCUUGUUGUGUAGAGUGCAGCUCUUGUCCCGGCCUGCAGGGGAGGGUCGUCAGGGUCGUCCAUUAAAGGUUUCUCCUUCAGCUCCUCCUUCCUUCCUCACCUCGGUCACGCUGUCAUUAAGCGACCCGGCUCCCGAGCCUUGACGGAAAAGCCUUGCAAAAUGAAGAUCUGGGCGUCAGAGCACAUUUUCAACCACCCAUGGGAGACGGUGACCAAGGCGGCGAUGCAGAAGUAUCCCAACCCCAUGAACCCCGGUGUGUUCGGUGUAGAUGUCCUGGACAGAAGUGUGGACACAGAGGGACGGUUGCACAGCCACCGACUGCUCAGCACAGAGUGGGGCCUCCCCAGCAUGGCCAAGACUAUGUUCGGGUUAACAAGGUCAUGCACUUAUGUUGAGGAACAUUCUGUGGUGGACCCCAAAGAAAAGAGCUUUGAGUUGAAAUCUACAAAUAUCUCCUUCACUAACCUUGUAUCUGUGGAUGAGAAGUUGACAUACAAGCCGCAUCCAGAGGACCCCGAAAAGACCGUGCUGACACAGGAGGCUUUAAUCAGUGUGAAAGGUGUCAGUCUGAGCAGCUACCUCGAGGGUCUCAUGGCCAAGACCAUCUCUGUCAACGCCGGCAAGGGUCGGGAAGCCAUGGAGUGGGUCAUCAUGCGAUUAAACACAGAAAUCGAGGAGUUGGCGGCGACUGCUCGUGGUUCUAUACGUGCUCCAAUGGCAGCUGCUGUCACAGACAAAUGAUCGCGGCCCCCGCAGCUUUCCCCCCCCGCCAUCAUGAACCGGUGGACCUCUCGGACAGUUACUCUCUCCUAACCUGCCAACACAGCCUGAUAACCACAGCCUCACCCAUUGGCCCUACGUGUGUAUGUGUGUGCUUGAGUGUGUGUGUGUGUGUGUGUGCGGUCUUCCCUCCUCAGCAGUCUGCGUUGGCGAGUUAGAUACUCGCUGCUUUGGGCAAUGAUGAGGAGAGUUGAGUUGAUGACAGUUAAAAAAAGAAACAGGGUUGAGUUGGACUGCACUUGAAGCUCAUAGGAAUUAUUCUUGUAAUGUUAAAGCUCUUUAAAAAUCACACUGUGCCUCCAUGUCAUCUCAUAAAUUUCUCUUCUGUCUUCUUCCCCUUCUUCUUCUCUCUCUCUCUCUCUCUCUCUUUUUAUUGUUUCCUUAUCCUUGCUAGCAGGUUGAGUACUUGUAACCGCUGACAUGAAGUCAUUUUUCUAGCUCUUCUGGAUGGCUUAGCUUGCUUUCUACAGCAGAACAGACCAAAAUAUCUCGGUAACAAGAAGCCACCAAAGUAAAACAGUCUAACAACAAAGUUAAAAGUAACACAGGUACUGCUUUCUUGUCUUGUGACGUCAAAACUCCAGGCUUUUAUUCCCACUGGCCUGAGUCUGGGUUUCUUUGCCCCAUCUGGACGUUGUCAAAGAUGUAUUUGAGUCGAUGCAGCUCAGAGGAAGCAGAGCUGUUGUCUGACAGCCAGAUCUGCAUUUAGGUUACGUGCCCAGUUUAUGGGUGUACUUGCAUGGUGCUGUAUUAUAUAGGUUUAUUUGUCAAACUGUCAAAGCAGUUUAAAGGAAAUGAGUCUUCAUUUCGAUGCAGAUCUGUUGGAGCUGUCAGCAUGGUGGACUGGUCCUCAGAUGUUCUGGUCUUGUUCUUGCUAAAGGUCUCUACAUUUCUUAAAGUCUCUUCUGCCUUUGUUAGUAUUUUCUCUUACAUUGAUGAUGUGCUGUAUAGUUGUGUGUUAGAGUAAACAUAUUUGAGUACUUGAAUGUCUAACUUAUUUUCAGCAUGUGUACUUAAAUACACUUAAGAAGCGGCAAGUACUGAGCUGUAAAAAAAUCGAGUGUAUGGGCGCUUAUCAAAAUGACCGCAAUGUUUUUAAUGUUUAUCGAACGGUUACGUUCAGGAUCACUGAGUGUGCCAACAUAAUAUGUGCAGAUUCCAAUUACUCUACCCAUUUAAUACCCCAAUUCACUUUAACUGUGAACAAACCCACUCUGUAUGCUGCGUCCAUUCAUUUCAUACCAUCUAUAGAUACUGUUAUUUAUAGUAUUUGUAUUAGUGAACAUUGACAAAGGCUGUUGACUUGAUUUUAAAAGCUUGUCAUAUUUGUAUGCACUUCCCCUCUUUACCCCAUAGCAGACUCUCAGGUGCUACAGAGUUCAGUUUCCCUGCUUCCUCUAAGGACCACACUGAGAUGAAGGCGCCAUAAUAACUUUGUAACUCUUUGUGCGUUCUUGCCUUUUCUCCUCUAGACAUUUUAACAAGGACGGUUCUACAAAAGCUAAAAUGACAACAAAAGUUAUGUUAUUAUGUCUGUUGAUGGCGCUCUACAUCAAAAGGUCAGUCGAAGUCCCGCUCUCAGUUACUUCAUUAAAUCUCCUUUUAUCCACAGUAGGUCAGUGUCUUUGUCAUGCCUGCUUCUGUUUCAGCUGAGCUUCUUUUGAAAAGCUUUUUCAUCACUAACUCCUGUUGAAUCAGCCAGUCCUCCAGUGUCAUUACUGAAGUGUGAUUUGUGAACAGUGGCUGUACAUAGGCUUUUAUUUAUAUUUUGGUGGUGUUACAUUCCAAGAAUGUGAACAUGUAACAGAAUCUAAAGAAAUGUUUCAAAAUAAAGAGAUGUCAUUGUUUCAUGAA